UGUUUUUUGACGACGUGCCACCGCUGCAUACGCUGCCGGGUAAUGCAGUUGCAAUUCGUGCGGUGCGAGUGGUUUCAACGGAACCCGGGCUGUUCGAAGAUGCAACGCCCAUGUGGAUGACCCAGCAGUGCGCUGCGCAAAGAGCGCUGAUUUUCGGGACCGAAUUCGAGUGCAUGAUUCCAAAGCAACUGAACUACACCUACGCCGUACUUGAGCAGGAGUUUGAUACGAAGAUGCAGACCGAAAAUCGACGUCAGUGUAGUCUCGCGACGUCAACGGAAGGCAACACCCACGUCACCGCGGAUGGGCAGGUCGCGGCCCCUUUGGAGCACAUUCGAAAGAUGGAUACCUGGCAGAAGUCGCGUUCGAGCCACAUGAACGGUUUCCGUGAUUACCUGCUGAGACACAAGGUGCCACUGUGCACGCUGUUCGAUGACCAGUUUUGGAUCGCCCCAAGCCACUUGGCUGACGCAACCUUUCUCGAUGGCAACUGGCAACGUGUUUUUCGGGGGAGGGACCUUCGUUUCAACGACAGACAGCAGUGGUUUGAUAAGAUGGACGCGGAAUUCCAGAAAGAGCUGCCGUUUCGGUACUGGCAACGUAUGAUGGGACCCAGCAGCUUCGUAAGAACGAACCACGAGCAGGACAGUGAAGUUGUAUCUGGUGGCGCACAACCACAGGAGGCUGUCGUGACCAGUCCUGUUGGAAGCACAAACACAAGGGUCCAAAUCCUCCACUCUCUCCACCCGUUGAGGCACAAGAUCGGCGCAGAAUGGCGGCCAUACUACGGGGGACGAAGCGCAACCGGCCACGAGUUCUUGUUCGAUGUAAAUCGAACAAGGGUGGAGCCAGCGGAAGAGGAACACGAACUGAAAGCCACCAUUGAAGAAUCCUACGGGCCUGGUGGUUCUGCGAUGGCGAUGGCGAAGUGUGAGCCGUUUUUGUUUCCGACGAACUUAUGGAUGCAAAAGUACAGCAAAGUGGUCAAGCAAGCUUCUGCGCGAAAAUCGGCAGACAGCCACGACAAUCCUGUUGGAGGGGUCAGCAUUUUCACAAACAGCGAUAACGAAGGUACUAAUCUUCAUGCGAGAUCCGACAUCACGAUCACGAACACGAUCACGACAGAGAACAAGAACGCAGAGCAGUGUGGUGCCAGAAACGUAAAAGCAGGCUUGGGUACUAUCUCCGCCCUGCUGACGAAAGAUCCAGCGGCGGCCAUGUACGACAAGAUGCAUCCGCUGGGCUUCAUCGACCGUGAGCAGUACUUCACGUGGAAGCUGUACAGUCGCUCUAUGACACAUAAAUCCUUAACCAACGAUAAGAACUGUGAUCCACUCCAAAGAUCCAAAGCACACCUAAACGGGCACGAUCGUCACUAGUUCAAUUCUACUAGAGUAAGAUGACUACUGAACCUGAAACAGGCUAAGCCGGGCACGAACGCCACGGCAAGAAUGGUGAAGGUUCCCGAAGGCCCCAGAUUUACCGGUCUGCCUUGUGCCAUCGACAUUCACUCACACAAUGAACCCCAGGGCCCUUGAUGCCAGUAUUGGCACACACACACAGACAUACCUUUCUGCAUAUCUGUACCACCUCCGGUAGGUGUUGUUUUUACUCGUAGUGGGUUCUACCUCGUCGUUGGUUAGUUCGCAUCUUCACACGCUCGGUGCCCUUCGUGCUGGUCGGUUUUCCGCUCAUCCUGCUGCGUUUCUUGACCCGGGAGGUGAACCUCGAUCCGAGCCUGGACGUGACUGUUUUGGGCUGGUCGUCGCGGACCCGGGGUGUUGCCGAUCUCGAUUUGGACCAGGGGCAGGCGGCAGGCCUCUACGGCCCAGGUCUUCGGUCUCGAAUCAAAAGGCUACUUCGAGCCCGUGAGCGCGCACGGGGGGAGGCCAACAACGACUCGCGCGUCUUUUCUGGCGUGCCGCCUGAGGAGAAGAGUCAAGAAGCAAAUAAAGGCAAAGCAGAAGGAGCGGCGGUUGAUUUUUUGGGGGAAGCUGCACGAUUGGCUGCGAACACGACCUCGGGCAACUCGACGAGCCCGACCGCUGCUGCGAGACAGGAAUCCUUUUACCUCUGUCCGCCUUCAGACCGAGACGAGAAAAUCCAUCCACGGUGUCAGGCCUUGCUUUCCGAGAAGAAGGUGCUGAUGGCCUCAGCUUUGAAUUACCGCCCGGCACAAUUGCGGGCUGCGCAGAAUCCCGCCGGCGGCUUGCAGGCAGAAGGCUCCGUUCUGUAG